AUGGUUCAAAUCUAUGAACAUGAUGAUCAGGCCGAAAGCCUUUUCCCAAUUCUAUCAUCGCAUCUCCCUUAUUCAAUCUCUUUACUUCGUCGAAUUCAACAUGGAAUCGCUCACCCUGCAUCCACCGCCAAGAUCCUAGCCACUUUCCCGCCUUCAGCUCCUAUUCCUGAAACUCCAUGGCUGGCUGCGCGAGUGGAUCUAUUCCGUGGUCGUGAGACCCAGAUCAUCCUGUACUCCAGCCUUGAAGCGGAGCACACGUCAAUCCAGCCGAUCGGCCCUCCCGCAAGUGACGCACCUUUGACCGGCGGGCCCGAUCCCUGUUCAUCCAGUUCCACUCCUUCGGAUUCCACUAGCGAUGAUGACAAGAAAACUUACUCGGUAGCUACCCUGACAGCUAGCCCUGAGCAACUUAGUUUGGCCCGUGAUCAACUAUUGGCUUUACUCGUCUACACAAAGACUAAUCUACUCCCUGAGUAUUUGGACUCUUUGCCAAAUCGAGGAGAAAAGAUUGAAUCUGAAGCCAAGACUGAAUCUAGUGGUGUCCCGCUGAUCCCGGCUCCUGAUCCUAAGGCUUUUCUCAUCGGUACUAUGCAUACGGGUCUGUAUACGCUACUUCUACGCGAUGGUGUUUUUCCCGUGCCUAGUGAAAAUGAAAAUGAGGAUGCGUCGAUCUUAUUACCGGGAUUAAAGGUUCAUCGUUUCGAUAACCCGCCUUAUUUUAAAAUUUUCUUUCCAAGACAGACUUUCACUGUUAAGGAUGGUGAUAGUGAGAUUCCAUUACCGGAGGGAUAUCGAUUCCAUGAUCGACAGGGUAGGAUUGGGGUUCUGGAUUCGCAUCUGGAUCUUGUACAGAGUCGCACGCAUAUCCCUCGAUCUAGGGCUCAGUUAUCUAUUAUGCCUGGUGUGGCGAUUUAUCAUGAUGAUCCUGAAAAGGAGAAUACUAAGACUGGGGAUGAAAUGCCCAUUGCUUGGGCUUUCCUUGGUCUCGAUGGACCUGUAGCCACGCUACAUGUUGAACCUGAGCAUCGAGGUCGGGGCUUGGCGCUUUCUUUGACGAAGGAGACUAUGCGUCGUGGUAUGGACCCGAAUGGGGUUUUUGGGAUUGAGAGGUUGGGCUUUGCGGAUGAGAAACUUGGUGAGGAAUUGGGUUCUUGGGUGCAUACUGAGGUAGCGCAGUAUAAUAAGGCUAGUCGGAGGGUUAUGCAGAAGGUUGGAGGUGAGAUUUUGACUACUGUUAUGUGGACUGUGGUUGAGUUGUUGUGA